CGUCAGCUGGGCGCGAGCAGGCAGCCGCGGCUCAUUAGACGCAACAUGGCGGAGCUAGGUGUCGGGCAGACGUGGUCAAGCCGGUCCUGUUCUCCGGUGCCGCGGUGAAAGCGUUCUGUGUCGGGGUUCAGGGUCAGGUCACCGGGUUCCGUUUGCUUUUAACGCUACAAGGAGGAAACUAUUGAGGAAACGGUCCGUGACUGAAGAGGUGGAGAUGAGCCGACACGCAACAGACGUCCCGGGGUCGGACCGUGAGCGUGUCCCCUCCCCGAGGCUGCCUGCUGAUCAUGUGCUGGACUCCGGAGCCGUGUUGUUCCCUGGUGCUUUUGAUCAACACGGCUGCCCUUUGAUAUUGUUCCCAGUGGAUGGACAAGCCAAGCUCUCCUCAGACCUCAGCAAAGCAGAAGUGGUGGACUUCAUAAAUUACUUUCUGUGCCUGCACAAUAAGAAGCAGGAGGAGGAGAGUUUGGUGUCAGUGGUGGCUGAUCUGAGACAGGCCUCGCUCCCUACGACCAGGUUCCUCGCUGAGACUCUGCUACUGCUUGAGCUGCACAAGCGGACGGUCCACAGUGUGUACGUCAUUCAGGGGAAGAAGAAGGACGUUGUCAAGCUGCUGCAGAAACUCCUGGCUCCAGCAAAGCCUCACUCUGCCUCUUUCAAGAAAGUCUUCUUGAAAGAGAUCUCGGAGCUCUCUAACUACAUCGACCGAAGCCAGCUCACAGCGUCGCUGGGGGGCUACCUGAUGUACUGUCACCAGAGCUGGGUUUCCUUCAUUAAGGAGAUCGAUGCCUUCCUCCAGGAGUUCCUGUCUGCGGUCCGGCGGCUGCCUUCAUGUAUCUCCACCCUGCAGUCUCUGUCCAGGCUGCCGCUGCCCACCACCUUCAGAGAGCUCCAACAUUUCUGCUCCACCAACGAGGCCAAGUUCCAGCAGCUCAGGAGGGAGCUGGGGCUGGAUGAGCUGCUGAGGCACUGUGACAGUGUGGUGGAGAAGCUGCGUUACCCCGAGAAGGAGCCGUGCUACCAGGCGAUGGCCGGCACCGCCCUCUUCAUCCACACGGCCUUCGACAUGCUGCAGAACCACAGCAGGAUAACUGCAGCUGUGGAGAAAGUGGAGCUGCUGUGGCAUCAGGCCUUCUCACAGGCCCGUCUGCAGCUGCAGGUGUUCCAGCUGCGAGAGGAUGCUCUGCAGAUCACAGAGCAGAUCGACAGUCUGUUUCAAGAAAAGCUCCAGCAUUAUAAAAUAGAGGUUGCCAAGGAUGCUGCAAAGGCAGCGACGUUGGUGUCCCACUUUGAGGCGUCCAUUCACACUCCCGCCGUGGCUCUUGUUCGCUGUGCUGAUGACGUGGUCCACACGUUGGCGGAGGUGCUGCCGGUCGACGGUCGCAGCAGGGAGGGCUGGGUUUCGGAUCUUGAGAGGCUCAAGGAGAAACUCCACUCGACUGUGCACUUCAUUCGCCAAACCCUCAGAGCAGUUUCCAACUACCAUCACUACUUCAACAAGGCCAACACCUGGUACAGUCUGGUUCUCUGUGAGAACCUCCUCCAGGAGCUGCUGUCGGGUGUUGAUGCAGAAGAUGUUCCCACACAGUGGCACAGGAGGACCUGGGGGACGGUCCCUGCAUGGAGGCACAAACUCUCCACUUUCCUCAAGAAGAAUCGUCCACCGGAUGUAGAGGAGCUGGUUCAUCUGGCACAUCUGUCUCAUGUCAUCCCAGAUGAUGUGGUCCAGCAGGCGGGAAAGCAGAUGUCUCAGCGGUGCAUGACCCUGAGGAAACUUGUGACCUCUUCUGGGCCUGUGGCUGUGGGUCAGCUGCAGCUGGCCUUACAGUGGCAGUACGAGUUGUUGCGGAGCUGCCAUGUCAGUCACUCCUCUGCUGACGCUGCUACAGACACAACAGCCCAGGAUGAUCAAACCUGUCCUUCAGAGUCCAACCACAUUAAAUGUGAAGGUGGUAAUGAAGCCGUCCAUCUUCUUGGAACGUCCCCUUCGACUGCGGUCUCUGGGACAGUGUCGGUGGAAGGCAAACCCCCCUCCCUCAGCUCGUUCGACUCAGGUUUUGAUGGGGCAGGGAGCAGCCAGCUGGAGGCCUGGGGAGGGAGGGAAGGAGUGGAAGGUCUGUCUAGAUUAGCUGGGAUCAGGGACUUUGUGAAACCUGCCAUGAGCCAUCCUCUAAUCCACGAGGAGAACGUCUCCAGUGUUUCAGAUGCAGAGUUUGACUGUGGCUCUGUGGGAGACUCCUCCAGGGCCAGUAUCCAGAUCGUCCCUAAAGUAACCGAGGACUCCCUCAACUUAGAGAUCAAAGUGAGGCGCUCUGCCGCGCUGCCCACUAAUCCUUGGCUCAGCCUGCCAUUAGAUGACCUGGAAAACAUGUACACCGUCACCAUCACACACAACCCCACACCACAGAAGGUCGACCUGCACUUCCACGAUCCCUCAGACCCCGGCACCAACAGGUCUCGAGAUCCGCCCACGAAGACGGAGGAGGUGCCCAGAGGGCCGCAGAGCAGGAGCUGGACUCUACACUCACAAAGCAGUUUGGAGGGUCCUGAGCUAAGUACCAUCAGCCACAUCCUCUCCAGCACUAUCACAGAUGGAGGGGACAAGUCCAUCUGCACCACAGAGGGGGGUCCUACUCUUCUCUGGGACUCUUAUGACCUCCAUGACCAGAGCCAGGAUCCUGUGGAUAGUGAGAUUGAUAUCUCCCAAAAGGACUGGGAUGUGGAAGAGCAGGAGGGUUUGAGGGAGGUGGAGAAGAUCCUGGGCAGGGCUGAUGAAAUACUGGAGGAAGAAGAAAGCGUUCUGGCUCAGGAGGCUGCGCUGGAGGCGCUGCUGAGGUCCGAGGACAGGCACUGGCCACUGUGGGACAGUGAGGAGCAGCUCGGUGUGCUGUCAUCCAGCGAGUUGACUGAAGCUGGUGUUCUCGGCCUCGGGGACUCCCUGGACCCUGCUGAAUCUGACAACCUCAGUGAACCCAGAUCAGCUGGAUGCGCGAGUCAAGCUAAGACUUCUGAAGACCAUGGGCACUGCACUGAAGUAGACACAGCAGCAGCUCCCAGCAGGCCGGACCUGCUGAGGGAGCUAAGGACGGUCCAUGUUCUGGACGAGCUGAUCAUGGAGGAGAACCUGAAGAUCCACGAGCUCCGGCGCUGUGAAGAGAACCUCAACAAUGAGCUCUCGGGGAGAAAAGCUUCGGAAAGAAACGGGCCGUCGAGCGUGAGCAGGGAGAGGGAGGCUUUCCGGUUACAGCUGGAAAAGGAGAAGAGGGAGGUGGAGAAGCUCGAGAAGAGUUUGGACAAAGAGCCUAAAAUGAAGAAACACAAGGUCCGAGCUAGAAAAGUUGUAAGAUGCUCUAUAAUGGACAAGGCCAGAGUUGACAAUAAAGAAGACCAAGCACUCUGCAAUGAGCUUCUAUCAGAGGGCUGUACCGGAUCCCACAGAACACACUCCACAUCCGUAGACCAGAAUGAGGAGUCAUGCAAGACUGAAGAUUCUCCAGCAGACCUGGAGGCCAUACCACAUGACUGUGUUCCUCAACAUCAGGAUCUUCCUUCCCCUGAGGCUGCUGCAUCUGAAUCUAGCAGAACUGCUUUGAAUGGCACCUCUGACUUGAAGCAAGCUUCUGCAGAGCUGGGAAUCCAACCUCAGGGGUUUGUCUGUGCUGAAGGACUACAUGGAUCUGGUGAAAACGGUGCCAUAUGUAAACCAGAAGCUUCUUUAACCCCUGAAAUGAGGCCGGACGAUGGAGCGUUUGACCCAGGUGGAAAAGCUCCACUUCCUGUGAAGGAUUACCUCACAGAACAUGGAACCCCUCAUUCCACAGAGCUGCUGGAUCCAGAUCCGUCUUCAGCAGCUCAGGAUCCUGGUUUUAAUGAAUUGGUUGAAUCAGAGAACGUCACUCCAGCCAUCAGUCUCUGCUCUCUACAUUCAAAUGUAAAGGAUCAGAGCAACAACAACAACAACCACCGGCAGAGGUGUGGCCUGUCCUCAGCCCACUUGUCUGAAAUGACCUCUAAAGAUGAAGAGGAUACAUCGGGGCCACCUGCAGGUUUGCUACAGACACACUUACACCCAACAAUGGAAAUCCAGAGUGUGUCUCCUCCAGAUGAGCAGUCGGCACCACAGCUGCCUCCUGACCAGCGUGAACUGAAUGAAGACUUGCCUUAUGGUGUUCAGAGGAUAUCAGGAGCUGGGUCACCUGGGCUUCAGACCCAGCUGAACAUCGAUACGACAGAGAUGAUGGAUUUCAAGACCCCCAUAGUGCUGGACACUGGGUCUGGUUUGAUGAAAGCAGGAUUCGCAGAUCAAAACCAUCCAAACAUUAUAUUCCCAACAAUAAUUGGGACACCAAAAUAUGAGGAAGUGAUGAACGGUAACACUGUGAGGGAUACUUACAUCGGACACGAGGCCCAACACAUGAGAGGGGUCCUGGCUCUGCAGCACCCAAUAAAGAACGGGAUCAUUCGGAACUGGGAUGAAAUGGAAAAGAUUUGGCAUCACACAUUCCAGCAGCUGUGUGUGGACCCAGAGGAACACCCUGUUCUGCUGACUGAGGCGGCCAUGAAUCCCCUGCAGAACCGACAGCGCAUGGUGGAGAUCAUGUUUGAGUGUUUCAACGUUCCCUUCACCUACGUGGCCAUGCAGGCGGUGCUGGCCCUGUACGCAGCCGGCAGAUCCACUGGUGUGGUGUUUGACUCUGGAGAUGGAGUGAGCCACAGUGUGCCUGUGUUUGAGGGAUACUGUCUACCUCACGCAGUGCAGCGCUUCCCUCUGGCUGGUGGAGAUGUUACACUGCAGCUUAAAAAGCUCCUGCAGGAAAAGGGGGUGAGCAUGCGCACCACAGCAGAGAUGGAGAUAGUGAGGGAGAUGAAGGAGAGGUGCUGCUGCGUGGCUCUCAGCUAUGAGGCCGAGCUGACUGGGAGGGGGUCCUCCUGCACGGAGAUGCAUUACACCAUGCCAGACGGACAGAUGGUCAGCCUCGGCUCGGAGCGCUUCAGGGCCCCUGAGAUUCUGUUUAAACCUGAGCUCAUUGGACAGGACCAGUACGGGAUGCAUGAGAGCAUCUUCAAGUCAAUCCUCAGCUCAGACAUUGACCUGCGGCGCUGCUUCCUGGGAAACAUUGUUCUGUCAGGUGGGAAUACUCUGCUGCCCGGCCUGCCUGAGCGGCUGCAGGCUGAAAUCAGAGGCCUUUUACCUGCUGACAUGUGGGAGAGUGUUGGUGUCACCAGCCCCAAAGACAGAGACUUCUCAGUGUGGAGUGGAGGAGCGGUGCUGGCCAACCUGCCCACCUUCAGCUCUGCAUGGAUCAGGCAGGACGAAUAUGCAGAGUUCGGCCCGCAAAUUGUCUUCAGGAAGUGUUUCUGAGGAGGACUACUGUAAAGUCUGCAGGUCUGACUCCUGUGCAGUGGACCCCUUAAAUUUAACUCACCAAGUGCAAUAUACACAUGCCGUGCCAUGGACUGGUUUGAACCAUUUAACCCUUUUUAAAUAUUUGUCCACCGUAUAGAGUUUUCUGUGACGUUGUUGGUACCCUUGUCAUCAGUGUAGAUCUUGACUUGUGGUCAAGAUUUCUGUUGACCUGCUCCUUGCUUUAUGCCUUAAUCUAUUGAGAUCCACAUCCAAUAUGGCAAGGAUGAAAUGUUGUUAUUGGCCCCCAUUAACCUUUUUAACUGUCUUAACUUUCCCAUUUUAGGAAUGUAUUUCUGUCCUGUGAGUCUAAGUGUAAGUAUAUUAAUGUCUGUGGUUAAGUGACUGGAAUUGAAGCCUUUAAACAAUGUCAGCCAUCUUUGAUUCCAGAGAAACUCACUGUGCUGACUCUAAAUGUGUGUGUAUAUAUGUGUAGAUCUAAUAUCAAAUCACUGCGUAUUUAUACAAUUUUUAAAGUAAAUUUGAUAUAAGAAAUAAUCUGUGUUAUACAUGGUGAAGGUUUGGAUCAAUGUUCACAACUAAAACCGUUUCAUUGUAACAGCAUUGAAUGAUCUUUAUGAUGGCGCAUUAAGUUAAGACACUGUUAAGAAUUAGUUUUUCAUUGUAAUAUGACUGUCGUCAAAAUAAUUUUAGCUUAAAACUCUUUCCUUCAAAAUAACUUGUGUUCGAACAUUACAACCUUUUUCUUUGUAUUCUGACUUUUUACUUGUAAUGUUUACUUUUUUCCUAAUAAUUACGUCGUGUUAGUCAUAACUUAACUUUUUCUCAAAAUAUUCGCGUAAUGUUAGAACUUAAAACAUUAUUCUUUGUUUUGUUUUGUUUUUUGUUUUUUUUCCUAUCAGUGGCUCUAAUGCUCAUCAAAUACUGUGACUCUUAAGUCAACGCAGAAGAUCACUGUUUGCUGUUGUUGCAGUUCUGUGAACUGACAGGAGGAAAGUGAGGAUUUGUGGGAUAUGAAGUUCAGUUGGGGCCGAGUCACUUGCUGGUUCUCCACCUGAGUGCACUUUACAUUCGUGAAGAUAUGUAUGUAGUUGGAGAGAAUGAAGCAUGGUGUUGCUCUGGUGAUGCCUAUCACCUUAUGUCUGUUGCAUAAGCAGAGGAUGUGAAAUGCUACUGCUGCAGGUGCAGUGUUUGUCCAUUGGCUUCAGUUGCAGCUAUCUUAAAUAUUGUUUGAGUGCAGUGUCUCGCCAAAGUUGGUUGUUUCUUUAUCUUCUCACCUGAGAACGUUGGUUGUGUGGGAUUUUUAACACUUGCACAGUAGUGUUCAAUUCCGGAAAGGUGUUCCAGUGGAGCCAAACCUGCUGCAUUCAUCUCUAUACCAUAAAUUCUGAAAAACCUUUUGUCAACCCUGUGUAUUUAUACUUUUUCUUUUGCAUGAAAUUAUUUGUUGCAUGUAAUUUAGUUGCACGUUUUUGCAUGUACUCCUGAUGCUGCAUGUGUUUCUGUUGUAUUUUCUUGUAACCUGCCUCUGUAUAGGAAUGGGGUUGACAGAUGACUGAAAUGUGACUGUGGGAUCUGCAGUGUGAGGCUCCUGUCAGGGCAGAGCUGCUCAGCUUGCCUCUAGAGAGCAGGCCUCCUCCUCCUCCUCCUCCUCCUCCUGUAAAUGUACUGCAACAGUCUGGCAAUUCUUCAGCUAAACCAUGCUAUUUAUGUCAUGUCUGUUUUUAUAAUAAACAUUUUAAUUAUGA